CCCUCCACCUCCUAUCUGUCAUAAAAACACAAGCAGAAGAGAAGCAGUGCAGCAGGCCUAACAAAGCAGCUUCUAGCAAGACUGUAGACUCAGCGUGGAUAGUCUUUAUCUACGAGUUUUCUCCUCCUCAGCCGCACCCUGGCUGGCAGACUACGGAAAUGAUUUGAUUUUGAUUUUGCCAGCGAGACAACGCCCUGCCCUCGCCCUGCACCAACGCUGCGCUGCACCCACUGUGAAAGAUGGGUGCCCGUGUUGUUCCUGUGGCUAAUCCCCAAGUCCGAUAUGAGCAUCUUGGUGGAGAGCCUCCGAAAUUCAAAGGAGCUUUUAAGCAGUAUAUUCUGUUUGGGUUGGCACUUACUCUCGUUGUGCUUUUAGUACUGGUUACUGCGUACAAUGGAUGGGAAGAAUUUUCCCAAGCAGAAAAGAAGUUGAAGGCUGACGAUGUUGACUUUGUGAUGUAUGGUCCUGUCAGAACGGAGCUAGGUGUGCAGGGCAUACAAGAAAGACGUGCUGAUGUCUAUGCCAAGGCUUUUAACAGAAAGCAUCAAUUCUUGUCUAAGUCCUCAAACACUGCUAAUGUUAAGCCUGAUGAUGAACAGUUACUGCCUCAAGCUACUGAGAAUAGAUCAAGUCCUACCCCAGAAGGCUUCAAAUUUGUCUGUUAUUAUGCACUUCCUUCAAAUACUAGUAUGCUCGAGGCCAAUACUUUAAAACCCAAUGAUUUGGAUGCACAUCUCUGCACUCACAUUAAUUUGGCAUUUGCAAGUGUUUCAAGAAACCGUUUGGUGCCCACCAAUCCUUAUGAUAUUGAGAGCUACAAACAAGUAAAUCAGCUCAAAAUCCAAAACCCACGACUAAAAGUUUUGCUUUCUGUCAAUGGUGACAUGUCUCAAGUGAUUCAAAACCAUGCUUCACGUAAAUCGUUUAUCAAAUCUGCAUUGGAUGUACUCAGUCAACACAACUUCGAUGGCUUAGAUAUUGAUUGGGAGUUUCCAGAUGAUGCAUGGAAGUUCAUGAUUCUGCUUGCUGAAUUUCGUCAGGAAUUUGGGGAUCGUUAUCUUUUAACUGCGGCAGUAGCUGCUCCUCAAACCAUUGUAGACUUAUCUUACAAGAUAAAUGUUAUGUCCAGAUAUGUGGAUUGGGUGAAUAUCAUGACUUAUGAUUUCCACUUUUAUACAAGAUAUACUCCAUGGACUGGAUUGAAUUCGCCUUUGUUUAGUGGUCCUGCUGACAAAGGAGUCUUCUCUAACUUGAAUACCAAUUGGACUGCACACUAUUGGAUGGAGAAUGGUAUGCCCCGUCAAAAAAUUGUCAUUGGCAUUCCGACCUAUGGUCAUACCUUCAAAUUGGUAAAUAAGAAAAAUAGUGGCCUUUACGCUCCAUCAUCCAGCUUUGGGGAGGUUGGAGGAUCGGGAGGUUUUAUUGACUAUGGCGACGUCUGUACAUUCUUGACCACUGGAGAUGUGACUCAAGUAUUUGAUCGAUCAACAAGAGCCCCAUUUGCUUUUAAAAAUUAUGACUGGGUUUCCUACGAUGACGAAAGAAGUGUUGCUUAUAAGGCCGAGUUUGUAACCAAUAAAGGAUUUGGUGGUGCUAUGAUCUGGGCCUUAAAUUCGGAUGAUCACAAAGGAUCAUGUUACCAGUCGGGUAUCAGAUUCCCAUUGGCCAACAGAAUAAAAAAUGUUUUGACUGAUGAUCAAUUAUAAUUAGCAGUUGCUUUGUUUCAUCUAUUAUUCUACAUGCUAAUUUUUACAACAGUUCAUCUCCCCACGAUCUAAACCAUGGUGGCCUAGUUAUUUUAUAACUAUGAUAAUUUACUUUGUUGCGGUGGGGGGCAGUUUAUGCCUACUUACAGACUUAACUUUCCCUUUGCACUUGGAUGAAUUUUACAAUUCUCCAGUUCUGUGAGACUGCUCUCCUGUCAAAAUACCCCAGUUCUUAUUUUAACUUUCAAAAUUUAUUAACAUCUGUGAUUAGUUAAUUUGACCUCUUUGGUAUUUAAACUGUGAUUUGUACCCCUGGAUUCUCAAGGAUUACUUUUUCAGGAGGAUUAAAAUUGCACUGUUUUACUGGUUUCUGAGGAGCUCCAACUAUUUCAUACCAAUGGAUGCCUUUCUAUAAAUAAUAUUGUGACAGUGGAUGCUGAUUUAGGACUGAAUUGUGUUCAUGAACUGAUGUUAAGGUACUUACAAAUUUAGACUUUAGUGGCUAAAGGCUUCAGUACUGUAAUUUUACCUGAUAAGUUAUAAACCUAAUUUGCAUUUGUUUUUGCCUGUCACUUUGUGUGCGAUUGUAAAGUGCGCUUGACCUUAAGACGACACAGCGAAAAAAGGUCUUUUAAUAUUUAUGUGUGUUGAUUUAGUUAUAAAAUUUUAUGUGUCUGUUGUCAUAAGUUUGUAUGGACUUAUAAUCAUGAUUUUAUAGCAUUUUUUUUUUGUGUGUUAAGUAAGUGUUGUGACUGUUUCAGUAUUAUCUCAUUCCCAUGCUGUGUUCGUGUGCCAGUAACUUUGUUUAGUAAAAUGAGAUUAAAGUUCUUAUGUAUGUCUCUUUUAAUCUCGCCAAACUGUGACUUGUGUCCGUUCCUUGGUGAUAUUUUUUAUAUAUGUCCACUUCAUACCAUUAUGUUUGUUUCCCUACCAAAAUUUUGAAAAAGACAAAAUAUAAUUGAUAUGUUGAUAUGUGAUACUAAGCCCAAGUGUAGCACACUUUUGUAAAUUUUUUAGAAACCAAAAUAGAACAUUUGAAAACAUUCCUUGUUCAAAAUCUCUCUUUUAGGGAGUUUCUACUGUGGUGACAGUCACUUGGUGACUUUUAUUCAGUCUUGAUCUACCUUGUUACGGAGAAAUUUGUGUUGCAGUGAAACUCAUUGAAUACAUGAGUGAAGAAGAAGAGUGCUACAUGUAUUGUUCAUUGUCCAUGAAGGUGUAAAUGAAUAAAGUAGGACUUGAAAUAA